UCUUUGGAGAGGGUGGAGCUUUGGAGUGAAACCCUGGAGGCCAUAACCCACAGUGAAAAAUAGGAGCCUAAAUAAGGAUCAGUACCAAGGAAAGGGAAUUGUGAAAAAUGGAAGACAGCACCACAGACACUGAACAAGAAGAGGAAGAGGAGAAAGAUGAAAAGGAUAAAAAAGACCCCAUUUAUGCCAUAGCACCCACAAUUAACAUCCAAGAUGAGCGGUUCGUUGAUUUAUCUACAACUCCAGCUUUCAUUUGUCUGCAUGAGUUACAUGCUGUGGGAAAGCUUCCUGGAACCAGAAUGGCAGAGUUAAAAGCCAAGUACACCUUGCUGCAUGAUACUGUUAGGAGCACACAAGAGUCAGAGGUCCAGCUGCUGCAGAACGCCAAGUGUUUCACUGAGCAAAUCCAACAGCAGCAGCUCCACCUGCAGCGAGCCGAUAACUUUCCAGAGGCAUUCUCCACCGAGGUCUCUAAGAUGAGAGAACAGCUCCUCAAGUAUCAAAAUGAAUAUGAUGCUGUGAAGGAAAGAGAGUUCCACAAUCAGUACAGGAUGAAUAGCUUAAUGGAAGAAAAAAGCCUCAUAAUAAAGGAAUUCGAGAAGAUACCUAAGCCAGGAGAAAUGGAGAAGAAAAUGAGAAUAUUGAAAGAAAGCACUGAAGAAUUACGUAAGGAAAUAAUGCAGAAGAAAAUAGAAAUUAAAAAUUUACGGGAAGAUUUAACAUCUAAGCAAAAGCAAUUACUGAAGGAACAGAAAGAACUAGAAGAAUUGUUGGAACAUCAGGUCAACCUAAAGGAUGAAGUAGUCCACCAUCAAGCCAUUCCUGUACAGAUUGGAAAAGAGAUAGAAAAAACAACCCGCACAAAAGUAGAAAUGGAAAAGAAAAAAGUUGUCUUGGAAUAUGAAUUCAAAGAACUAAAUGACUCCCUAAAGAAAGUUGAAACCAAAAUUAAUGCUAUAAUGGAAGAGAAGGAGGAUGUAAUGAAGGAAGUAGAAGGCAAACGAGCCUUACUUGAAGUCAAAGAACGAGAAUAUAACCAGUUGGUCAAGCUAUUGGAAUUAACCAGAGAGAAUGAAGCAACUUCACUAACUGAAAGAGGAAUCUUGGAUCUCAAUCUACGAAACUGUCUCAUUGACAAGCAGAACUACCACGAUGAACUUUCUCGUAAGCAAAGAGAGAAAGAACGAGAUUUUCGAAAUUUAAAAAAGAUGGAGCUGCUCUUGAAAGUGUCCUGGGACGCACUCACUCAAACUCAAGCACUACAUCAAAGGCUUCUGUUAGAGAAAAUGCUAUCAGAAGCUGAGUCUAAGUUAGUAGAACAGCAACUUGCGGAAGAAAACAAGCUUUUAAAGGAGCAAGAAACCAUGCAAGAGGUGGUAUUCAGCCUUGUCCGCAUGACUCAAGCCAAAAUUGAUGAGAAGGAGCAAAAAUCCAAGGAUUUCGUGAAAGCUCAGCAAAGAUAUACUAACAUUGUGAAGGAGAUCAAAGCAAAGGAUCUUGAAAUCAGGAUACACAGGAAGAAACAACGUGAAAUUCACAGGAGACUCGGAGAGUUUGCUAAACUGUAUGACACUGUUCGAAAUGAAAGAAACAAAUUUGUUAACUUACUUCACAAAGCUCACCAGCAAGUAAAUGAAAUAAAAGAAAGGCACAAAAUGUCAUUAAAUGAACUGGAAAUUUUAAGAAAUAGUGCAGUUACUCAAGAAAGAAAGCUACAAAAUUCCAUGCUGAAACACGCCAACAAUGUUACCAUUAGAGAAAGCAUGCAAAACGACGUGUGCAAAAUUGUAGUAAAACUUCAGGAAAUGAGAGAGAAGAAGGAAGCCCAGUUAAAUAACAUUGACAGACUUGCCCAUAUGAUCACAAUCAUUGAAGAGGAGAUGGUGCAGCUUCGCAAAAAAUAUGAACGAGCUGUUCAGCAUCGGAAUGAAAGCGGUGUUCAGCUGAUAGAGCGGGAAGAAGAAGUGUGCAUUUUUUAUGAAAAAAUAAAUAUCCAAGAGAAGAUGAAACUAAAUGCAGAAACUGAAAUACAUGUCCUGGAUGAAAAGAUCCGGUUCCUGAAACUGAAGAUUGCUGAGAAGCAAAGACAGAUUCACGUGACCAAGAGAUCGCUGCCGGCAAAGCGGUCCCUGGAUGCCGACAUAGCAGUGCUCCAGAUCCAGUUUUCACAGUGUACAGACAGAAUAAAAGACCUGGAGAAACAGUUUAUAAAUCCUGAGGGUAAGAACAGAACCCGCUUCCUUCCAGGGAAAGAUAUGACCGAAGAAGAAAUGAUCAAAAAAUUAGAUGCGCUGGAACUACAGCUGGCCAAGAAGGAGGAGCAGUUACUGGAAAAGGAUUUCAUCUACGAGCAGGUCUCCCGGCUCACAGACAGGCUGUACAGCAAAACUCAGACCUGCAAGCAGGACACACUGCUCCUAACCAAGAAGAUGAAUGGCUACCAGAGAAAGAUCAAAGAUGCUACUGAAAAAAUGAUGGCUUGUGUUGCUGAGCUGUCCAUGAAACAAGCUCUGGCCCUUGAACUCCAAAAGGAAGUCAAGGAUAAAGAAGACUUCAUCUUCUCUUGCAAUGCCAGGAUAGAAAAGGGCCUGCCACUCAAUAAAGAGAUUGAGAACGAAUGGCUGAAAGUACUUCGAGAUGAAGAAAUGUAUCACUUGGCCAUUGCUGAAAAGUCUCGGGAGUUCUUGGAAACAGAUAAUCGCCAGCUGCCCAAUGGUGUUUACACAACUGCAGAGCCGCGUCCAAAUGCCUACAUCCCAGAGGCCGAGGCAACUCUUCCUUUGCCAAAACCAUACGGGGCUUUGGCUCCUUUUAAGCCCAGUGAACCUGGGGCCAACAUGAGGCACAUAAGGAAGCCGGUUACAAAGCCAAUUGAAAUCUGAACAUGUGCACCAAUCCAGGCUUCUCAAGAACACACUUCAACCAGGCUUCCCCACAUCCACAGCUGGAAACUGUCAGCACAAUACUCCAAACUACAGACAAUAAAUACAACAUCCACAAUUAAUCAACAACAGAGAACAUGGUUUCCUUUUACGCCCACUAACUGCUGUAUUUCACAUGGUGUUGAGUAGAACAUACAACUGUCCUACAAUUAUGUAAAAGCAUAUAUCUGCAUUUUCUUUUUUUUUCAUUCUAUAUAUUCUAUAUAUGACUACCUUUUAGAAAUACAUAGGCCAGGUGCCAUAAAAUGCAAUAAAAAUAAAUCAAUUUUCAAUGAAGUACAGAAAUUGGCAGAGUGGUAUUUGUUUAUUAAACUAAAAACAAGCAAAUGUUGUUCAAUAUACCAACUUUAAAGAAAGGGAUAGAGUCUUUGAAAAGGAAAACAUUCCAAGUAUCACAGGGGCUUAAUUCAUUAUUAAAUAAAUAGUUGCAUUUGAAGUUAAUGUUGGUAAAUGUAACUCAAUUAAAAAGGAAUAGGAGGGCUGGCCAAGUGGCUCAGUUGGUUAAGAGUUAGCUUAAGAG